GAGUGCAGGUGGUGCUCCUGGAUGGUCCAAGGGAGCUGUAAUACCAGGGACUGCGGGAACAAGAAGGAGCUUUUGGCUGGCUGCUGAGACUGAGUACAAGACUUCAGCCCUAUGGUUUGCCCAGGUUUGAGGAGUGGGAUUAUAAACUUUUGAUGGAAAUCUUCAGGAGGGUCCCUCUUUGAAAUGGCAUCAGACAGCGAGGUGAAAACGUUACUGAAUUUUGUGAACCUGGCCUCUAGUGACAUCAAAGCCGCUCUGGACAAGUCUGCUCCCUGCCGCCGCUCAGUUGAUCACAGAAAAUACUUGCAGAAGCAGCUCAAGCGUUUUUCUCAGAAAUAUUCCAGGAUCCCAAGAUGCCACCCCAGCAAAUCCAUGGAAUCCAGCUCCAAACGGGGGGCAGAGGAUAGAAAUCGCAGUUCAGACCCAGAUGGCCCGGAUCCAAAUCACUGCAGAGCGUCCAAUGAAAAGACCCUGAGGCUAUCAGAGGUGGAGGAGAACUUCAGUGGGGAACAGGUUUUGCAAGAGCAAAGCCCAGAGUCUGUAAGGCCAGAUCAGGUGCCCAUGAGGAAAAGACAGCUGCCCGCUUCCUUCUGGGAAGAACCCAGACCAACUCAGAGUCUGCUGGUCGGGAGCUUUCCUGCCGCAUUAGAUGGGCUCCCAAACUCCAGGGACCUUCCUCCUUACGAGGGCAAGAAAAGCAAAAAGGGUCCCAAUACCACUGAGCCAGGCAGCCCGCCUCUGCCUGCCCAGCCCAGUGGGGAGAAGGAGCCUAUCAAAGUGCCCGGGACAUCCUUAUCUGGCCGGAUGAAUGCCUGGAGCUGCUGUCCAUUUCAGUACCAUGGACAACCUGUUUACCAAACCCAUGGAGCCCUACCUCAGUCACCCUUUCCAGGCCUGGGGCUAUGGAGGAAAAGCACAGCGCCCGCAGGGGAGAUCCAACACUUCUGCAAGGAGGCGGGCAGUAUGGGGCAGAAACUAUACAGACCAGUGGUUUUGAAACCCAUCCCUACCAAGCCGGCCGUGCCACCUCCUAUUUUCAAUGUGUUUGGAUACAUUUAGCCUGAGGGAGGGGAGGGGAUUUUGUGCUGUGUACGGUGGCUCUUUCAAAUGAAAUUGAAAUGUAACUUCAGACAUUGGCCCAUCAGCUAGUCACGCUGUGGAGUAAUUCUUAGGGAAAGAAUAUGCUAUCAUUUCCAUCCGUCUGUAGACGGGCAGCUAUGACAGGCUGCUCCUUUAAUCGGAAAGGCACAAGCUGGCUGACUUAAAUAGUGGUUGUGGUGUCAGUCUCCCCUCACUGCACUGGUAUAAAUAACUCUUACUGAAGCCAGUGCAGUUAAAUGACAGGAGAACUGGGCCUCUUGUAUUUAAGAUAAUUGUUUGACCCAGGGUGUGUCAGGCUAAGAACCAUUUGGAAUCUGCACUUGUAAUCCCUAUGAGACCUUUUCCACAUGGGAAUGUCUUUAUGGGGACGCUCUGCACCACCAGCAGCAAUGACCUGAUUAAACUGAUAACAUCUCUUGUACUUUAAAGUCAUUCUAAAGAAAUCAGUUAAGGUUUUCAGGUCACUUUCUUUUAC